AUGCACCUCUUAAUUUCCGUAGAUGAAAAUUACCUCCCGCGGCCGACGAAAUCCGAGAAGAGAUCAAGGCUUGAAGAGGAUGAAAGCGGGAAUAAGAAGUACCGCGGGAAUGUGCUAUUAGAGUUAAUCUCUCGUAUGAAACCCGCUCUUGGUAUUGACGAGGAGACACGGACAUAUUGGUCGACGCGUAUAAAACUAGAUCUUCGAAAUCCGGUACACCCUAUUCCAAUCCCCGACGAAAUCCAGGUGAACGGGUGGCUGUUGAAGGAAGGAUCAUUCGUUCAAGUUGAUAACGACCCAGUGGUGGGUGCAUGUACGACUACCUUGUUUGUUGCAUUUAUAUCGUGGUUGAAGCUGCAUUGA